AUAUCACAUCCCUAUAGCUAUACCAUGUACCAUCUCCUCAGAGGCCUCCACGACUACCUCACCCGCAAAGACGAGUACUCGGUCGUCAUCAUCGGCCUCGACAAUGUGGGUGCAGUGGCCACCCCCGGGCCUUCAGCUGAUGUAACGGUCCGCAGGCAGGCAAAACAACCAUGCUGGAGAAGAUAAAGACAAUGUACAAUCCCACUCCGGGCAUGGCACCUGACAAGAUUGGACCGACCGUCGGCCAGAAUAUCGGAAAGAUAUCUCUGCCAUCUACGACCUUGCACUUCUAUGAUCUGGGGGGACAAAGAGAUAUCCGAUCCAUAUGGGAAAAGUACUACGACGAGUGUCAUGCGGUGGUCUUUGUACUGGACGCGACAGACCAAGCUCGUUUGUCAGAAACAUGGGAAGUAUUUGAUGAGGUCCUCAAUUCUCCCAGACUGCUCAAUCUUCCCUUGCUUCUCUUGGCCAACAAGCAAGAUAGCCCCACCUCCCUCUCAGUAGCCGAGAUUCGCGAAGCUUUUGACGCCUGGCAAAGAUCUCGGUCGCACCGGAAUGGACAUGAUGAGAAUCAAAUAUUGUCAAAGGACAAAGGCAAAGGCAAAGCAAUUAGUCAAGGGGAAGAAGCGGGUCAUCUUGAAAGAGUUUCGGAGGCUUUGCCGGAUGACGGAGGUGCCAAAGAUGAGAGGAUGGCGAGUCUGGAUGUCAUGGGGGCUUCUGCCUUGGAAGGCACGGGGAUAAGAGAAGCAGUCAACUGGCUGUACAUCCGGGUACAGAAUGCGCGAAAGAUUGAACCCAGAGAAUGACCGCUUCUGCAUAUCAGCACUCAAUGUAUCUGCAUGACGAAUGUAUACUAAAUCACGA